GCCAGCGUGGGGCGCGCUUUCUCCACCCGCGUCCUCAGUUCGCGUGGCGCGCGGUCUCGCUUCUUGGUCCCCCAACCUUCGCAAGAUGGGGGUCGUCGUCCCCAGACGCUGCCUGGAGUGGCUGCUCGGCCUCUACUUCCUCUCCCACAUCCCCAUCACCCUGUUCAUGGACCUGCAGGUGCUGCUGCCGCCCGAGCUCUACCCGGCCGAGCUUAGAAACUUGAUGAACUGGUAUUGUAAAGAGUUCAAAGAUCCCCUGAUACAGGAGCCCCCGGUGUGGUUCAAGUCCUUCGUGUUUUGUGAGCUUCUGUUUCAGCUGCCUUUCUUCCCCAUCGCAACGUAUGCCUUUUUCAAAGGAAGCUGCAGGUGGAUCCGCACCCCUGCAAUCAUCUACUCAGUUCACACCAUGACAACUUUAAUUCCAAUUCUCUCCUCAUUUCUACUCGAGGAGUUCUCCAAAGCCAGUGGCUUCAAAGGCCUGAGACCUGAGACCUCCCGUGAGCGACUAACCCUUCUAUGCAUCUAUGCCCCCUAUUUAAUCAUCCCUCUCAUACUGCUGCUUUUCAUGUUGCGGAAUCCCUACUACAAAUAUGAGGAGAAAAGAAAGAAAAAGUGAGGGGAACCACCCCUGACCCCAGAGCGGGGAGAUGCCCUUUGGACCUAGUGAAAGACAAACUGCUCUGAACCCAUGUCUUCAGCAUCACACAAGAACAAGAUAGUGGCGGGAGCUACACACAACCCUCACCUUCCAAGGACAUGGGGUGAUCACACCCAUCAGCAGGGUUUGGGACAGGGGAGCCGGUGAUAGGACUGUGGUGUCAAAUGCCACAUGCCUCUUUCCUUGCAGGAGACCAGAAACUGGGUAAGCCCAGCCUGUCUGCCAUGAUCUGUGGUUGUCACAUGACCCAGAACACACCCCCAUACCACUAAGCCUCUAUAGCAUAUCACCAGCUAAAAGAAUAGAAUGUUUCACUUUAAAAUCAAGUUAUGCCUCUUUUAAUAGCCAUAAAGAACUUCUUACCAGUACCCCUGGGAGAAAAAAGUAUUAUGCAAAAGAAGUUUGAAAUUAGCUUCUAAAACAGUCAUCCCAAGAGAUCUUUUUGGGGAAUAGGGUAAGGAAAUUACUGGGGUUUGAGCUCAGGGCCCCAUGCUUGCCAAGCAGGUACUCUUUACCAGUUGGUCUGUGCCCCCAACAACUUUUUCUUUGGCGGGGGAGGGGGGUGUC